AUAAUACAAAAAAAAAAACUAAAAUCAGCUUUUGCGUGAGUGUUUUUUGAUCAUAACAAUUUGUCGCCAUAUCAAACAUCGUCUCCAAAACGUCCAUAAUACAAAAGCUUCUCAUUUGUUCCUAUAAAACACAUACAGCAACAGCAACAACAACAACGUCAACGACAUUCGGUUGCGCCAAACAAUGUGCACAAAAAAAUGUUUUCGCAUGCCAACGUUAGUCAUAUUCGGUGUCAUUCUCACAAUCGUCUUAGUCUUCAUUACCGGCAUCACACUAACCAACAGUAUUAAUAUCUCCAACAUUGUCAAGCUGCGCGAAAAAGUUGCCAGUGACUCAGCGGCGGCAAACAGUGUCAAUGCGGCCCAAACGCGAGCAGCACUGGUGGAGCAACAGUAUUCAACAUUGCAACAGCAUCAUUUGUCACGAAGUGAUUUAAAUUAUAUAACAGCUAAUCAUCCAAAAAAUUUACAACGUUUCCUGCAAACGUCUCAAACACAACAACAAGCACAACAGCCAUCACCACAGCCGCCCCUGCCACAUUUGCCACCGCCGCCUGCUGCACCAGUGCAACCAGUUGUUGGUUCGCCAGCAAAUACUAACAAUAAUAAUAAAAUAAUAAUUGAAAUUGGCAUACGUAAUUUUACAGCAGCUGCCGCAGCCGCAGCCGUGGCGGCACAUCAACAGCAACAACUACAAUUGCAACAACAAACAAAUAAUCGUUCCUUGUCUUCGCUACAAUCAGCAUCAUCGCUACAAUCAUCAUCCGUAUCAGCGUCAUCUUCGUCAUCAGCGACGUCUUCCUUUGAUAGUAAUCAAACAACCGUGGCAAGAAAUGUGGUUAGAGCGGCUGGUGCAGCCACAAUUGUUGAACAGUUAGUGGCGCCUUUCGAUGGCGCCAUUAUUGAUGGUAAUAUAGAAUCCAUAUCAGUGCCAGCCACUUCGGAAAUUCGACAACAAUUAAAUGAAACUUUGAAAUAUUUAGCCGAAAAUGACAAAACGGUGACAUCUCAUGAAAGUAAAAAUUCCUUAAUGUUAAAUCGAUUACCUCCGCUAAACACAGGCAGCAGCACAAGCACCACUACCACCACUCUCAAGCCAUUAAAUUCCAGCUCAAAUGCUACCACAGCAUCUUCAACUCCAUCACCAUUUUCAUCAUCAGCAUCAUCAUUGUCAAAUUUAACUUUAACUGCAACUACUAAAAGCUUUUUAAAUAAUUCCUUAAAUUCUUCGACUUCAUCAAAAGCUGCUGAUGCUGCUGUUGCUGCCGUAUCAAAGGAAACAAUUUUGUUUUCCACUUUGUCAACAGCAGCUCCACUACCAGCAGUCUCUACAACAAUAUCUCCUGCCUUAACAGCAGCAGCUCCAGCAAAUCAAUUAAGCAUUGAAGAUCAUAAUCCCGGCAUGAUUGAUUUCGAAAAACGUAAUUAUGUUAAAGAGAUGAUGCAACAUGCCUGGCAAAACUACAAACUUUAUGCCUGGGGUAAAAACGAACUGAGACCGCUGUCACAGCGUGCCCAUAGCAGUAGUAUAUUUGGUUCCAUGGACUUGGGUGCUACCAUCAUUGAUGGCCUGGACACCCUCUAUCUAAUGGGUUUGGAGAAAGAGUACAAAGAGGGCAGAGAUUGGAUUGAGCGUAAAUUCACGUUGGACAAUGUGAGUGCCGAUUUGUCGGUGUUCGAAACCAAUAUACGUUUCAUUGGUGGUCUCCUAACAAUGUAUGCCUUUACGGGCGAUAAUCUUUAUAAAGAGCGAGCCCAACAUGUAGCCGAUAAACUAUUACCUGCCUUCCAGACACCAACUGGUAUACCAUAUGGUUUGGUAAAUCCUAAAACUGGUUUGAGUAAAAAUUAUGGCUGGGCUUCCGGUGCUAGUUCAAUACUCUCUGAAUUUGGUACGCUACAUUUAGAAUUUAGUUAUUUAAGUGAUAUAACUGGUAAUCCACUGUAUAAGGAGCGAGUACAAACCAUUAGACAGAUAUUGAAGGAGAUAGAGAAACCCAAAGGUUUAUAUCCAAAUUUCUUGAAUCCUAAAACUGGUAAAUGGGGUCAAUUACACAUGUCCUUGGGUGCUUUGGGUGAUAGUUUCUAUGAGUAUUUGCUUAAAGCCUGGCUUCAAUCUGGCCAAACCGAUGAUGAGGCCCGACAAAUGUUCGAUGAAGCCAUGGUUGCGAUUAUUGAUAAAAUGGUACGCACUAGUCCCAAUGGUUUGACUUAUGUUUCCGAUUUGAAAUUUGAUCGUUUGGAACAUAAAAUGGAUCAUUUAGCCUGUUUUUCAGGUGGUCUCUUUGCUUUGGGCGCCAAUACCCGUCAAAAUGAACACACUGAAAAGUUUAUGAACAUUGGCAAGGGCAUUACGAAUACUUGCCAUGAAAGUUAUAUACGAUCAACAACACGUCUAGGACCAGAAGCAUUCCGCUUUAGUGAAGCCGCCGAGGCUCGUGCCUUGAAAUCGAAUGAAAAAUACUAUAUUUUAAGACCCGAAACUGUUGAAAGUUACUUUGUGCUCUGGCGUUUGACACACGAUCAAAAGUAUCGUGAUUGGGGCUGGGAUGCUGUACAAGCCCUAGAGCAACAUUGUCGCACACCACACGGUUAUUCGGGCAUUAAGAAUGUGUACCAAGAGGUACCACAAAAGGAUGAUGUACAACAAAGUUUCUUCUUGGCUGAAACUCUGAAGUAUUUGUAUUUGUUAUUCUCGGACGAUUCACUGAUACCCUUGGACGAAUGGGUAUUCAAUACCGAGGCCCAUCCUUUGCCUAUUAGGGGGGCAAAUAUUUACUAUCGCCAGGCGACGUCAACAUCAGCAGCAGCCACUAAUGCCUCCUAAAAUUAAACGGCCAAAUUGUACGCAUUAAAUCUAACUCAGCUGCUAGUUUUAUAUAUCUUAAGUUUUUCCAUAAUGUGGCACUAAGUGUGCUGCUGACAUUACAAAUUUUGCGUUUAAAUUUUGACUAUUGAAUACAUGGUAUAAGGACAUGUAUCAACAUUUUUCUUUUGACUUUUCUGUUUUGGCUUUCAUACCUUUUUGAGUUAUUUUUUUUUUCUUAAGAAAACCCAAAAACUUUUUAAGUUUGCUUUGAAUCUCUAUAUGUCUCUCUCUCUCUGUCUUUCUCUCGAGCUGACAAUUCAAAUAUAACAUAUUGUAUGUUUUUGAAUAAUAAUGAUAAUUCGCACAUUUGUAGCAACAAGUACUAAAUAUUUUAAUUAAUCUAAUCACCUCUGUAGAACUGUGUUAAAACAAAUAUUUCUAUUGUGAGCAAUUAAUUCUUCUAGCACUUAUAUAGAUUUUUUUAUAUUAUUUUCUUAUUUUUAACUUUAUUUUUUUGAUUAUUUUAAUUAAAUUUUGUUUUUGUAGCAUAAUUUUUUAUAUAGUAGUUUUAUUAUUUAGGUUUUGUUUUAAUUAACUUCUGUUUAUAAUUUUUAUAAUUUAUUUUAUAUUUAGAAAUAUAUAAAUAUUGUAAUUAUAAUUUAUAUACAUAAUUUUCUUUCCUAAAUAUUUGUAACUAAGGCAAUCUAAUAAUGUAUGUUAAUUUAUAUGCUAAAGUUGUACAAAACAUAAUAUGUAUGUAUAUUUAAAACAAUUGUUGUAUAUAGAUGCGUCCAUAUCUAUAUAGUGACUUUUUUGCUAACUUUAUUUAGAAAACCAUUUUUAAAACAAAAUUUCCUUUGUAUUUUCAAAUAGCUUCUAGGCUAUAUUUUCUAUUCUGCCUGUUUUAAUAAAAUAUAUUUUUAGUUUCUUGCAAAUUAUUUCGUUUUCAUAUUUCUAAUUGAGUACACAUUGAAAUAUUCCAAUAACGCCCUAGUGUUUCAAUUAGCUUUCAUCUCGAAUCGUUAGCGAAUUAGAAUUCUUCAAAGGUUCGAAAGGAAUUAAUUCUUAAUUCAAUUUUCAAAAUCAAAUUAAAUUUGUUUUCUGAACCAUUCCAAUAAAGAAUUCAUAACUAAUUAAUUCCUAGGCAUAAUUUCAUAGUACAUACUUCAAUUCUCCCUUAGAGAAUUAAUUCCUUAUUGAAUCAUUCAAUUAUUUUUAAUUCAAAACAAAAAAAUCUCUGGAAUUCUUGUACGAUUUCGAUUGUCAAAAUCUGAAAAAAGAAAAUUUCAAGAAAUUUUAUUUUUGUUGUUGGUGCUGGUUUAUACACGUCAAGUUUUCUACAAACUCAAGUCUUGAGUUUGUAGGAGAGAGAGGAAUUAAAAGAGGAACAUCCAAUCUCCUCUCCUGUAUCUUCUAUAAUCUCAAAACUUGACGUGUGUGAACCAGCAUUUAUUAAUUGGAAUAAUUUGUUAAAAUCUCGAAAGUUUUUGAAGUGUAUAGUUCAAGGCAUUUCUUAGUUCUUCAGUAUAUAUGUAAGUAAUUUUCCACAACUUAUUGGUUAUAAACAUGACAUUUAUUUAAUUCAAUUAGCCGAAGAGUCUAGAACUUAGUAAGUGAUUUACUGAGGAAUUAAGUUCAAUAUCUUUUUUGUCUAAAACUCUGUUUUCUAUCCUAUUUAUAAUCUAGUUGAAAAUUUCUUACUUGUUUAUUAUUUAUAUAUUGACUAUUUAAAUCAUUUAAUAUUUUUUUUUUUUGAGAAAAUGUUUAUACAAAUUUAUGCAUUUCGAUUGUUUACUAAAAGUUUUUUUUAAUUAUUAACAAGAUUAUUAUCAAACUCAUAAUGUAAUUUUUAGAAUCCAAAAAAAACUUUUAAAAUUUAAAGAGACGGCAAGGUUUGUGAGCCUCCUGAAGGGUACAUAUAAGCAUUUUGAACAAGUAUUUAAUAUUAUUGAAAGCUUUAGAACUUGAGAAUUCAAAUUUUAAAUUCAAAAAAAUGUCCAAUACAUUUUUAGAAUAAUAUUUUGCAUAAAAACUUUAAAUUUCAUCAGAUUUUUCGUGAAGAAUUAUCGUAAAAUUCAAACGGAAUUAGAUAUCGUAAUUUAGUUUGGAACUUGUAUAGAUCGAAAGAUCUUUUUAUCAGUGGGUUAAUAACUUUUGCUACUAUCUUUAUUUAAAUACCUAUCUCGAUCUACCGAAUUAUUUCAAAAAUACAAUUUUUCCAGAUUUUUUAAACUUUUGUAGGCCUUAAAUGAUGAGAUUGCGGGGCCGACCACUAGCUCUUAUUUCAACUAAGAACCCAUGUAAAUGCAAAUCAACUCAAUAAUACCUCAGCUCUGAUUAUGUUAAAUAUCAUUAAGAUAUCUCCAAUCGUUCAUAAAUUACCGAAUUGUGGGGCCGCCCAAAUCAAUUCAAUAACAUCUCAGCUCAAACUGUGUAAAAUUCCAUUAUGAUAUCUCCAAUCGUUAACGAGCUAGCAAAUUAUUUCGAAAAUACAAUGUAUCUAAACACAAGAUUCUAAAAAAAAUUAAUAAUAUCUUCGAAAACUUAAAAUUUCAAAACUGCAAGAAAUAUUUAAUUGCUGAAAAGUGUUUGUUAUUUAAAAUACAAUUUUUAACUUAAAACCACACAUUACACAGAUAUGAAUCAGCUAGUUCCAGCAAUAUGGCAAUACUCUGCAACCACGACCAUUGAGAAGCGGUUGUAGAACGUCAAAAUAACCAUACGGUUCGAUAUUACUUUUUUGAGAACUGUCCUUUAUUGCAUAUCUGUGUAAUCUGUGCUGAAAACAUUUAACACCAAAAGUCAAAUUUGUUUAUGAAAAAUGUUUUAAACCUUUUCUUUAACACUUUCCGUAGUAUAUUUGCAAGGGCUGCAAAUAAUUCCAAACUUACUACGUUAGCAACAACAGUUAACAAUGAAAAGUAAAUUCCGCUUAUAUUGACAUUAUUUAAGCUACAAAAACUUGUCUUAUUUUUUUACUUGAAAUUUUCUUUUUAAAACUAUUCGCUCUUUAUAAACUUUUAAGUACUCUUCUUAAAUUAAAUAAUUUUCCAUUCAUUUUGUUAAAAAAAAAACUUUGUACUUAUAUUUUGAAAUUUUAUCUUUUAAUUUAAUAUUUAGAAAAAACACUACCAUUUUAAUUUUGAAAAGCACAAGUCUAUUUAACUAAAUGUUGUUCAUAUUAAAACAAAUUAUUAAACAAACAAACAAAAAACACUUAUACAUCUUAGAAUUUACUUUAUUUUAAAGCCUUAUACAAACAAAUUAAAAGAAACAUAAUAAAGAAUUUGAAAAUAAACAGGAUAAAUAAAAACAUAAUAAAUAUUUUGAAAAACAUAAAAAAAAAUAAAACAAAUGACGACAAGAAAAUUGAAAUAAAAGGUAUUAAAAAGAACAUUUUUAAAGCGUUAUUUAAAACAAGAAAAAGGUUUUCUUCAACGCCAAAUAUUAGAGUAAAUAAAAAAAGAAUAUAAAAUAAAAUAAAAAUAUAAUUAAUUGUAUUAAAAAAAAAAGAAAAACAAAAGCUUUAUACUAAAAAUGUAAAGUAUAGUAUAUACAUUAUAAAUAAAAACAAAUUAACAAAACACACUUACAUAUAUAUACAUACAUAAAUAAUUGAAUAUUUUAUAAAAUAAAAAAUUUUGUUUUAAUAUAUAAUUCAAAUAAAUACAUAACUUUAAAUUAAACGAAAGAAAGAGACAUUGCUAAAAAAACUAAAACAACAAAAAAUAAAAAAAUUUAAAAAUAUUUGUCAAUAGAUAGAGAGCAAAAAUAUUCAAUGAAUAUUAGAUUUGAUAUUGAACUUAAACGAAUUAGUUUGAAAACUUAUUUAUAUUAAAGAUUUCCAAUCGAAUUACAAGUAACAACAUUAAUGUUAAUACAAAAAAAUAUUGUAAAAUAUUAAGAGAAAAACAAAAAAAAACAAGAAAACUUACAUCAAAUUAUAAUAUGAUGUUAUGAUAUUUUGUAUAUGUAUAUAAAUUAAGUAAAUUUAAAAAGAAAACAAAACAACAAAACAUUAUAUGUAGUCUCCUUUUUACUAAAAAAUUAUCCACUAAAAAUUAGUGUAAAAUAUUACAAAAACAUAAAGCCCCCUCCCAGAAAAAACAAUAUAACAAAACCCCAAGUUUUCUCCCCAAAACAAACCCCCACUUAUCAAAAAUACAAUUAUCAAACUUUAAAACAUUUUCAAACACUUUUUAUAUAAAUUAAAAAAAGAAGGAAAAUAGUAAUACGUUGAAAUACUCUAAAAUAUCAAAAAUAAUUCUUAAGUAAUUAAGUUUAAAAGCAAACACCCCUUCUCUUUUCCAAAAAAAAAAGAAAAAAUAACGAAAAUAUUUAUUCAAAAACAUGUCUAUUCGAAAAUAAGCAAAAACAAAAAUUAAAAUCUAUCUCUUAAUUAAAAUUUCCUUUAUCUCUAUCUCUCUGUCUCUAACUCUAUAGAAAGUUUUGUUUGAAAAAAAAACCGUAUAUAAAACAACAAUAAAACCCAUAAUGAAUUAAAGCAAGUAAAAAAAUAAUUAAUAAUCAAAUAAUAUUUAUCAUGAUAUUAUAUAAAUAUAAUUAUUAUUUUAUUUAAUUUAAUUUUUUUUAUUAUUAUUAAGAUAUAACAUUUUAAUAAUUAGUUUAAAUUUAUUAUAAAUAAAAUAUUUAAAUAAAAUUUUAAUAUAAAUAAAAUAUAUAA